AUGAACUCCGCCUCUUCAACAUUUAUAAUUCCUAAGCGACAAAUACUUACCAAAGACGAUUUAGACAAAUUUCAAGAAUCGCAGGCAUAUGAAGAAUAUUUUUCUUUCAUUGUGCGAUUAAAUGAUUCAGUCAAGGGAUUAAAACUGACAACUGAAUGUAUUGUUUCCUCGGCUUUAGUCAAUAUACUGGAAAUCUUGGAUACUGUAAAUACUUACUGUAAAGAAAUUCCCCCAGUAAAUAAUGAAAAGAGUCGCUUUGGAAACCCUGCAUUUAGAGAUUUCUAUGAUCGAGUUACAAGCACUGCCUUUGAACUUCAUGAAAAUCUAUCACUUCCUCCAGCCGCAAUACCAGAAAUAUCAAAGUAUUUUACGGAAUCCUGGGGAAAUAAAACAAGAAUAGAUUAUGGUACUGGCCAUGAGGCCAAUUUCAUGGCAUGGUUAUAUAUUGAUGUAAUGCGGAAUCUUCAAUUUAAUUACUGGCUUGAACCAGCUGGAUCACAUGGUGUAUGGGGUUUAGACGAUUAUCAUUUCCUACCUUUCUUAUUUGGUUCCUCUCAGUUAGUUGGUCACAAAUAUAUUCGCCCAAAGUCGAUUCAUGAUAAAGACAUCGUAGAUGAAUUUUCAAAGGAAUAUAUGUAUUUAGCCUGUAUAAAAUUUAUUAAUUCUGUUAAAACCGCAUCUUUACGUUGGAAUUCGCCAAUGUUGGAUGAUAUCUCUGGCAAGCAUUAA